UGUUGGUAAGCAGUAGCCGAUACCCAGAUCAGUGGAUUGUACCAGGUGGAGGAAUGGAACCAGAAGAAGAACCAGGAGGAGCAGCCGUCAGAGAGGUGUAUGAAGAGGCUGGAGUAAAGGGAAAGCUAGGCAGACUGCUUGGGAUAUUUGAGAACCAGGAUCGGAAGCAUAGGACAUAUGUUUAUGUUCUUACUGUGACGGAAAUACUGGAAGACUGGGAGGAUUCCGUUAAUAUAGGAAGGAAAAGAGAAUGGUUUAAAGUAGAAGAUGCCAUCAAGGUCCUUCAGUGUCACAAGCCCGUUCAUGCAGAGUACUUGGAAAAACUGAAACUGAGCUGUUCACCCACUAAUGGAAACUCUGUGGUUCCCCCUCUUCCAGAUAAUAACUCCUUGUAUGUCACUUCUGCACAGACUUCUGGGUUGCCCUCUACUGUGAGAUAAACAUUUGGAUUACCUUUUUAUUCAUGUCAUCACAAGGGGAGACGUCUGUGAUCACAUGUAGGCAUCUGUAUAAUUGUCGAUUCGAAGUGAAAUAUGUGAAUGUGUCAUAAUGUCAGAUUUAUUUGAACGUGUGUUUUCCUUUUUAACAAUGUAAAAUAAUAUUUCAGCAAACCAAAGCCAUAUAUGGAUUUUUUUUAAGAUGCCUUAAUAGGCCAUUUUUUUAGGGAAAAAAAAGAAGAAACUUGAGUAUAUAAAUUUCCAUAUCUGCUAAAAUAAAAUAUGCAUCUCAGUGGUGUUCAG